AUGGACGUCAAAUCCUGGGUCUCCAUAAGAGAACACGCCGCCAAUGCCCUUGCCUCGUCCCACAGGCUUGUGCGUGUGGCUGCCUUGAGCCAGAUCCGCCUUCACUUGGCCGAAUACUCAGAAUCGCUUUCUGACGAAGAUAAAAAGGCCCAGCGCCAGGUGGCCCGCUUGGUUUUGAGCACCUACAAUUACUACCAGGACUCGCAAUCGCGCGCCGAGGUCAUUUCCACAUUGCUGGCCUACGUAGCCCACGACAUCCAGUACUUGCAGUUGUUCGCUCAGUAUAUCCAUACCAUAGCUAGCAAGUGCUUCAACUCGGCCAUUACAGAUGCUCUCUCGUUGCUUGCAUGGGUGAACAGUUUAAUUUUGUUGGUUCCGGCUUCGGGGCUUGAGACGGCGUUGAAGCAGCUCUUGGAGUCGCAGAUGUACUUGCUCUGCUCGGUGUUGGAUGGCUGCACGGGCGAGCUGCUGGUGCACAAGCCCUCGCACCGGAAACGGAUCCAGAAGUCUUGCGUGGUGCAGACCAAGCGGGCCAUCACGAAAAAGUUGCUUCAAAACGCCGACCAAGAGGCCUCGGCUGCGUUCAUAAGGACAAUGCUUGCCGUCUCUACUGAUACUAAGGAUACCCAUGCCUCCGCGGCCAUUGCCUACAUCGCCGUCGUUGUGGACGCGUUGCACGACUUGCAGCCUUCUCACCCGCACAUGUUCCACAGCGUCGAGGCGGACGAACCAUUGCGGGCUUCAAUUGUAGAUUACUUCGUAAAAAACGCCCUUUUGGCCAAAUCAGCGCCGGCACCGUUUGCCAUUGCUGCAUUCACCCAACAUUACAUCGCACACUUUGUGGACAGCGCCACGUUCACCUCGACAAUCCUCCCCAACUUGGAGAAGGCAAUCGUCAGGUCGUCGGAGGUGGGGCUCUGCGGUCUUGCUCCUUCUCUCUUCGAGACAAGUGGCUGCAUCGAUAUCAGUAAAGAUUUCGCCAAGUCUAAACUUUUGACCCACAUUCUCAAUGCUUCCAAAUCCCCCAAGGAAUGGGUAUCUCAGCUGUCGUUCAGAACCCUUGCUAACAUCUUCCACACUUCUUUGCCUUGCAUCACCCCAGAAGACGUCAACUCCAUUGUCAACGAGAUUCUUAAAACGUUCAAGUCUUCAACCAAUAAUGAUAUCAAGAUUCAAUUAAUCAAGGCUAUUGGAGAAAUAGAGAUAGUCCUGGAACCUGUGACAGAACAUGUCUUGAAGGCUCUUCAACCCUUGGCUGCCAAAGAAGCCAAUGAGACUCUUCUUGCAGAAAUAGUGACAGUAUACUCCAAACAUUUCCUCCUCGUCUUGGACAACGAAUGGACUAUUGCUGACCAAGAGAAGCACCUCUCUCAAUUCGUUACAGGCUUCAGCAGCCCCAAAGCUUCAACCAAAAGCAUUUGGGCUGGUGUCACGGGCGAAGGCAUUUUACGUACAAGUAAGGAGCCGAAGUCUUCUGUUCUCACGUUUGUGGAGAAACUACAACCUUCUCUUAUUAAAUCUCUUGAAGAAGCGGUAAAGUCUCCGCUUCCAACCGUUACUGCCAAGGGCAUUACACCCGCUUAUGUCUGCAUCGCGCUCACUUCUGUUCUCCCAGAGCUGACAACAGAUUUGAAGUCAACUAUCCUCGAAUCUCUCAAAAGCUCCGGUGACCAAGUUUCGAUUUUAACAAGCAGUAAAGUACUUACGAAAUUGCUGCAUUCGGAACAAUUCUGGUGCUUGCAAUCUUUGAUUGCUUCUAUAACAUUAGUAGAAGACUUCUCGUCAUUUGGUGCAGCACUACUCUUCCUUUCUUGUUCAAAUGCUGUCGACAAUAAGACUAAAACAGCUGCAAUUGAUGCUCUACCAACGCUUCUCUCGUCAAAUGAGAAUCAGUUGAGCUCUGCAAUCGCUAAAUCCAUCAGAUCUGUUGGCUUCGGCGACGAAUCCUCUGGUUUUCCUUUAUCAUAUGGAACGUUUUCCCCCACUUUACAUUGUGUCCUCCAAAGCAGUGAUGCUCUGGUCAAACAAGAGAACUUAUGCGAAUUGCUUGUGGUUGCACAUUUGGCAAAAUUUUCUAUCAAAGAUCAGUGGAUUGGUCUCCUUUUGCGUGCCGGCGUUGUCCCAGAGAAUCUCGUCAAAGCCAAAGCCCAGAGUCUCUUUGACCAGGCAUACGCGGCAAUGAAGGAUUAUGAGGCUGACAGUGACAUCCACAAAGCCGCUUGCGCUUCGAUCAAGACUUUGAGUUUCAUUGAAGCUGCUAUUGUUGAGCCUAUCAUCACGGCUGCCCUCGAGAAGGAUCUCUCUGUCGAGCACUUGGAGGAGAUCACCGCUGAAAUGCUCCAAAUUUGGCAGGCUCCAGAAGGCGAGUUAGUGGUUGAUAUCUUGAACACAGCUGGAUCGAAGCCAAAGGUCGAGGACAAAAACUCAAAGGACUACGAGACCAGAAAAUGGGAGGAGAGUUUGAAGAAAGAAAUUUCUUCUAAAGGCAAAAGCAACAAAAAAUUGACAAGGGAGGAGCAAGCUCUUGUCAACGAACAACUUGCCACAGAACUGAAAGUGCGCCUGCAAUUGAAUGAAUUGAUCAAGCACUACCAUAGGGCAUUUAGUUUGAUCAAAUUCUUCACAGGUCCUUAUUCGGCUCUCGGUUGUGAUUGGUUCGCUGUUGCUAUUUCUAGAAUGAUUGAUCUUAUGCAGACUCAGUAUGCUUACGAGCUUCUUGGGGAGAGUGCUACAAGAACUUUCAUUAAAGCGUCUCAAGUCUGUCACCGACUUGAGCCUUUAUCUGAGCUUGCAGGAGCAGUCACAUUGAGAGCACUCGAUAUCAAAGGUGUACCUCAAAACUUCUGUGAAUUACCAUUGGUCGAUUUGAUUGGAAAAGUAUUGUUCAGAACAAAGAUUAUGGUCGAUGAUUGGUUUCACACUGAUGGCUUCAUUUACAUUGCGCCUUUGGUCACCAAGGUCCUUGACAUUGGUAGAGAAGUUGCAUUGAAAAAUUCAAAGAAGCUGGCAGUGAUAUCCGAAUUCUCGAACGAAGACCCCGAGGAGGAACAUUUGUCUUUAGCCUUGAGUAUCAUGUCGGCUUUGGAUAUGUUUUCCGAUGGAUUAAUUCCUCGUCGUCCUAUUCUUGAAUCAUUACUCGGUCUUAUGAAAAUCUCAUCGAAAGCGAAAAUGGCCAAGGAAUGUUUCCUUACCUUGUGCCAAUACAUUUCAAUGAAUUUCAGUGCCGAAGACUUGCAAAUCCUCCUCAAAAAUGUGGUCAGCACUGACACUUAUGUUAAAACCACCAUUCUUCAGGGAUUAGAUGCUGAGUUUGACUUGAGAGAUUAUUUGACUUACUCAGAUCAAAUCUGGAUUGCUAUGCACGACAAUGAUCAUGUUGUCGCUGAAACAGCGCAGACGAUCUGGCAAGAUAACGAGUUUGUGUUAACUCCGGACUCAAUCACCUCUCUUUUGACCUUCAUUGACGAACCUCACUCUGGUAUGAGACUCACCAUAGCGCGCGCCAUUGCCAACGCCGUUAUUGCAUUACAAGAGUCUCAUCAAGACGUUUUUGAUAGCGCUUUAGAUACGAUUUUAUCGCUUUUCAUCGAAAAGCAGACUCCACCACCCGCUCCUAGAGACAAGUUUGGCCUUGUUAUCAACAACCAUGCUUCCCAACGUGAUCAUUGGGAGUCAAGAUCCACCUUAGCCAUUUCGCUUCGUCUCCUCAGCUCGCUCUGUCAGUCAGAGUCAAGCAUCGAAAAGAUCUUCGAUUUCUUGGUUAAAAAGGAGACUUUGGGAGACAAAGAGCCAUUGGUCUGUCAGGAACUUCUAGAAGCUGGAACUGAGAUCAUCAAGAUCAGUGGAGCCAACUUUGUUGAAACACUUAUUCCAACUUUCGAGGCAGCCUUAUCUGCCCCUGACAUUAACUCAAAGACUCAAGAUAGAAUCAAGGAGUCGGUGAUUAUUCUUUAUGGAUCUUUGGGUCGUCACUUGAAAGCUGAUGACUCCCGUUUGGCUCUCAUUUUCGACCGUUUGCUCUCAACUCUUGACACUCCAUCUGAGGAUGUUCAGCAUGCGAUUUCGGAAUGUAUCGCGCCUCUUGUCCCAGCUUUCGAGGAUGUCUUGCAAGACAAAUUCGAUGAUCUUUUUGAGAAACUCUGGAAUAGCAAGAACUUGGCUGUGAGAAAGGGUGCUGCGUACGGUAUUGCUGGUUUGGUCAAAGGUGCUCAUAUUAAGGCUCUUUUUGCCAACGAUGUCAUGAAAAACCUUAUCGCGGCUUCUGAUGAGAAGAAGGUUGAGUAUCGUGAGGGUGUUGCUUUCUUGGUGGAUUGCUUGUCGCAAUCUCUCAACUCAACGUUUGAGCCUUAUGUUAUCGAGCUUCUUCCUGUCAUUUUGAAGUCAUUGGGAGAUUCAAACAACUCCGUCCGUGAUGCAACUGAUUUGGCAGCUAGACAAAUCAUGAAGUGUACAACAAGUUAUGGUGUUAAGCAGUUGAUUCCUCUUGCUAUCAGGAAUUUGGAUGAUAUUGCUUGGAGAACGAAGAAAGGAUCUGUUGAGUUGCUUGGUUCUAUGGCCUACCUUGAUCCAACUCAAUUGUCCGCUUCAUUGUCGACUAUUGUGCCACAGAUUGUUGGUGUGUUGAACGACUCUCACAAGGAAGUCCGUAAGGCUUCAGAGCAAGCCCUUAAGAGGUUCGGUGAGGUUAUCAGAAAUCCUGAAAUCCAGGAGAUUGUUCCUGAUUUGAUCAACGCCAUCGGAGACCCUACCAAGUACACUGAUGAGGCAUUGGAUAAGUUGAUCAAAACUCAAUUCGUUCACUACAUCGAUGGUCCUUCUUUGGCUCUUAUCAUCCAUGUCAUUCAUAGAGGUAUGAAAGAUAGAUCUGCUUCCACCAAGAAGAAGUCUUGUCAAAUUGUCGGAAAUAUGGCCAUUUUGGUUGAUGGUAACGAUCUCCAGCCAUAUUUGCCAGCCUUGGUUGCCGAGCUUGAAAUUGCCAUGGUUGAUCCUGUUCCUGAAACUAGAUCCACUGGUGCCAGAGCAUUGGGUUCUUUGGUCGAGAAAUUAGGUGAGGAACAGUUCCCAGACAUGAUUCCAAAACUUAUUCGUACCCUUAACGAUCCAUCCAAGGCUGGAGACCGUCUUGGUUCUGCUCAAGCCCUCUCAGAGGUCAUUUGCGGCCUUGGAUUGUCUAAGUUGGACGAAAUGCUUCCUUCAAUUUUGGCAAAUGCUCAAUCGCCAUACUCCCACGUUCGUGCUGGCUUCAUUCCGUUGUUGUUGUAUUUGCCUGUGUGUUUUGGCUCUCAAUUUGCUCCAUACUUGUCUCGUAUCAUUCCACCAAUUUUGCAAGGUCUUGCUGAUACCGAUGAAGAAAUCAGAGAGACUGCUUUGAAGGCAGGACGUUUGAUCGUCAAGAACUACGCCUCGAAGGCGGUUGAUUUGUUGCUUCCAGAGUUGGAGCAAGGUCUUGCCGAUUCAUCCUACCGUAUUCGUCUUUCGUCGGUUGAGCUUACAGGUGACUUGUUGUUCCAAGUCACCGGAAUCUCCGGAAAGAACGAGCUCACUGAGGAGCAAGCUGAGGUCAACAGAAACCUCGUCAGUGUUUUGGGCCAGGAUCGUCGUGAUAGAAUCUUGGCUGCUCUCUUCGUUUGCCGCUCUGAUGUUACCAGUGUGGUUAGAGCAGCAGCAAUCGAUAUUUGGAAGGCAUUGGUGGCCAACACUCCUAAGACAAUCAAGGAGAUUAUUCCAAGUUUGACGCAUACUCUUGUUCGCAGAUUGGCUUCCAGUGACGAUGUCAACAGAACCAUUGCCGCUGCAACUCUUGGAGAUGUCGUUCGUCGUGUCGGUGCAAAUGCAUUGGCGAAAUUGCUUCCAUCUUUGGAAGAAUUGCUUGUAUCAAGUGAUACCGACGCCAAGUUGGGUAUUUGUAUCGCGCUUACAGAGUUGAUUACUUCAGCCUCCCUGGAUGCUUUGGAGUCCUACAAAGAUACAUUCAUUAAUAUCAUUAAGGAUGCUUUGGUGGAUGCCUCUCCUAGCGUCCGUGAAGCUGCCGCUAAAGCCUUUGAGGCUCUCCAGGAUAGAAUGGGUAAGGUUGUCAUUGACGAAGUCUUGCCAAGUUUGUUGAACCAGUUGGAUUCUGAUGACUCCGAGAAUGCCUUGUUUGCACUUCAAGAGAUUAUGGCAACAAAGGCUGACGUUAUUUUCCCAAUUUUGAUUCCAACAUUGAUGUCCCCACCAAUUGAUGUGUUCAAGACGAAGGCCCUUUCCUCUUUGGCUGCUGUUGCCGGAUCCGCCUUGUAUUCCAGACUUGCCUCGAUCAUUAACACAUUGCUUCAAGCCAUUAUCGACACGGAGAAGAAUGGUUCUGAAGCUGAGGUUGCUGAAGUCAAGUCUGCUUUCGACAAGACCUUGUUGUCCGUCGAAGAUGAUGCCGGUGUUCACCCUGUUAUGCAGCAAUUGAUGUCUCUUGUCAAACAUCAAGACGCCGAGAAGAGAGCAGCCAUUGCCGAGAGAUUGAGUGUCUUCUUUGAGAACACAAACCUAGACUACUCAAUCUAUGUUCUGGACAUGAUGUCUCAACUCAUUUUCUACUUGGGUGACAAGAACCCUGAAGUUGUUGUUGGCGUUCAAGCUGCCUUAGCCGCUUUGGUCAAGGCCCAAGACAAGUCGAUGUUGGAGAAGUUGGUCAAACCAGCCCAUCAAGCUUUGAUGAUUGCUGGUGUUAAAGGUACGACCUUGCCUGGUUUCGAGUUGCCUAAGGGACCUAACUGUGUCUUGCCCAUUUUCUCUCAUGGUUUGAUGUAUGGAAACAGCGAGCAGAAGACAUUGUCGGCGUUGUCGAUUGCGGAGGUUAUUGAUAGAACUCCAGCAGCCAACCUUAAACCAUUUGCUACUCCAAUCACGGGUCCAUUGAUCCGUGUUAUUGGUGAGCGUGUCUCCUCCGACAUCAAAUCUGCCAUUUUGAGUGCUUUGAUCAAUUUGUUGAAGAAGAUCCCACAAUUCUUGAGACCAUUCAUUCCACAGCUUCAAAGAACCUUUGUCAGAUCCUUGUCAGACUCGUCAAAUGAAUCAUUGAGAUCUGGUGCUGUGACUGCUUUGGGAAUUUUGGUAGAAUUUCAGCCUCGUGUUGACUCCCUAGUCACUGAAUUAGUCAGUGGUGCCCGUGGAAGCGAAGAGCAAGAUGUUAAGAACUCUUUCCUUAUGGCCAUGUUGCAGGUUGUUCUCAAGGGAGGCUCGAACAUGAGCGAUGCCUCCAAGAUCUCUAUCAUGACUCUUGUUGAAGAAGAGAUCUCUCAUGUCAAUGAGAAAUCGGCAGUGGCCUAUGCAAGAUUGUUGGGAUCCCUUUCCCAGGUGUUGUCCACUGAGGAGGCUGCAAACAUCUUGAAGACCAAGAUUCUCAACAAACGUAGCUCUGACGACGAAUUGAAGUUCGGUGUUUUGUCCAUCAAUUCGUUCUUGAGAGACGCACCUGUGCACAUUUUCAGUACCGGCCUCUUGCAUGAAAUCGUUGAUUUUGUUCUCUUCUGCGCCAACAGUCCAAGUCCAUACGUGAGUGACAACGCUACUGUGGCUAUGGGCAAGCUUUUGCUCUUACACGAGGAGAAAAAGUCUCCAAAGCAAAACGCAAAGGACGAAAAUGCUACAGAAUUCGAAGUGCCUGCUGAGUCACAACAAGAAUUGAUCAAACAAAUCUGUGUCAAUGGUGUUCAGCCCGCUUCGAAUUCGAGUGACACCAGAAGAUUGGCAUUGGUUGAUAUCAGAACUAUUGCAAGAAAGAAGCACUCUAGCAUUGCACAGUCAUACCUUGAUCUUCUAGUUCCAACUGUGUUCUCUUGUUUGAGAGAUUCCAUUAUUCCUAUUCGUUUGGCAGCUGAGAAAGCGUACUUGGCGCUUUUUAACUUGGUCGAAGAUUCUGAACUGAAGAUGUUCUCCAGUUGGUUUGAGAAGGCUUCUCAAAGUCCAAUCGUUCCUCCAUGUGGUGGCGAAAUUCAGCCUAGAUCAAUCGGUGACUACACUAAGAGGGUUGCCUCUCGUUUAGCUUCUGUUGAAAGAGAGAGGCUUAGUGCUGGUGGAGACGAUGAAACCUUAUACAGCGACCGUAUUGAAGACGAAGAUGAAAUUUGGGCCGUUGGUGGACAUUAA